GAGACGCGUUUAGGAACCAACGCAUGCACGUUCACGUUCAAGGACAUCGGUCGGCUUCUCGAAAAGAAGAGAAGGGACAGUCGUCGUCAGUCAACGGUCUGGCGGGAACGAAGUGAAUGAACGGUCAGGAACUUGUCGGAACGAGGAAACGAUCUUCACACGGGUUUCGAUCGUUUUUAGCGUCCGGCGUAGGACGGUAGGAGAUCAUCGAUUGACGCGGAGCGACGGAUACGCUUGGCGUGCGCUCUCUCCAACGGCGAUUCCGCAUUGAAGUGCACCACGGCGGAAUCACGUGAGGACGGCGUCGAUUUUUACGGCGGCGAUUAGGAUUUGAACAGCGGGAUUGCGGUCGCACUUUGUUUAAAUGCACCGUCGAUUAACGCCGCGGGAAGCAUGGCAAGCGACGCGACCCGAAGGAGGAAAGCGACGGAGAAGUCCGACGAGCAUCAGGCCAAGCGUUCCAGGAACACUGAGGAUAAUGACACGGUGCAGAGCCAGCAGAGGCAGCAGAGCGAGGAGUUUACAGCUGGAAAGGUGAAAAAGAUUCGUCUUCAUAACUUCAUGUGUCACGAUGCGCUGGAAAUAACACUGAACGAGAAUGUUAACUUCAUCGUGGGCCGCAAUGGUAGCGGCAAGAGUGCCAUAUUAACCGCACUGACUGUAGGACUUGGUGCUAGGGCGAAUGUUACGAGCCGGGGGACCUCUGUUAAAGAGUUUAUAAAGAAGGGCAGGAACUCUGCUAUGGUCGAGAUAACGUUAGUGAAUAAAGGAGACACCGCUUACAAGCCUGAGAUUUAUGGCGAUACAAUUACAGUUGUGCGCAACAUUGGAACUACUUCGUCGUACAAGAUAAAAAAUUGGCGAGGAGAAAUAAUUUCUACAAAACGAGAUGAGUUGGACAACAUCAUAACAAUUAUGAAUAUACAGAUUGAUAAUCCAAUAUCUGUAUUGAAUCAGGACGUUUCAAGAACGUUUUUAGUUACCUCUAAGCCCGAAGAAAAGUACAAUUUAUUUAUGAAAGCUACUCUCUUAGAUUCCAUUGAAAAUAAUUAUAAAGAGGCACUCGACAUAUGUAAAGAAGAAAACAUCAAAUUGACACAAUAUUCUGCGACCUUAUCACAAGUAAAGGAAGAAAUACAAAAAUUGGAGGAAAGUAUACAUAGAUUAGAGGAAAUGGAUGAAUCACGAGAAGAAUUAAGUAAUCUCGAAAAAGAACUUCAGUGGGCUAAGGCGAUUGCAGAGGAAAUUAAGCUUCUUAAAAUACAAGAAAGCUUAAAAAUGUAUGAAAAUAAUUUGAAAAAGAUUCAAGAUGUGGAAAUGUCUACGGAAACAAAGGACCAAGAAAUUGAUAAAAAAAUCGAGGAAACAAAGGAAAAAAUUCGGCAAGCAGAACAGGAAGUAAUAGAUAGCAGCGAAGCUUACAAUAGUGCAAAAGAAAAAUAUAAGACUGCAAAUGAGGCGUAUUCAAAUAAACAGCGCGAAUGGCGGUCUUCAGCGAGUAAGAUGAAACGAUUCGAAGAUGAUAUUAAUUUGUUGAAGAAGGAAAUUCAAAAGUUGGAGAACUGCAACGACGAAGAACAUAACAAGAGAAAAGAAACAAAGGAGCGCCUAUCGAAGUUAGAAGAAAAACUGGAUGAACUCGAUGCCUCGUUACGCACUAAGCAAACCGAAUUGAUGCAUUUGGAGGCCGAUAAGAUGCGACUUUCGCAAGAAGUGCAAUCCGCCAAAAAUGAAGUGGAGAAUUUUAAUAGACACAUAUACAAGAUCAAAAAGAACUUGAGCGCAGUCGAGCAACAAUCGGAUAAUGCAUUGAGUGUAUUUGGGUCAAACAUGCCGCGUCUAUUGAAGAGAAUUGAGGAGGAAUAUAGGAAAAAGCGAUUCAAGGAAAAACCACGCGGUCCUAUUGGAGCUUUCAUAAAAUUGAAGGAUGCCGCUUGGGCACCGGCAGUAGAAAACUUUCUGGGUUAUCACACCCUCAGCUCGUUCUGCGUGGAUAAUAGUCAAGAUGCCAAAUUGUUGAACAGUAUUAUGAAGGAAAUUUUCUACAACGAAAAAACUCUUCAAAUAAUAGCUAGCAAAUUCUUUAAUCAGGUGCAUGAUGUUAGUCGCCACUGCACACAUUCUCCACAAUAUUCCAAUCUCUUAGAAGCAAUGGUUAUAGAAGAUCCUGUUGUAGCCAAUUGCUUAAUCGAUCAGCGCGAAAUUGAAUGUAUACUUCUUAUACCAACAAAUGAUGAAGCCUGCACGAUAAUGUCGGACGCGAUCAAAGUGCCGAGAAAUUGCAAAAGAGCAUUUACCCUAAAUGGCGACACAUUCUAUCCCGAUCCAAAUUACAGAACUUAUGGCGGAAAGUGCGGACGCGCUAAAUAUCUUCAAGUUUCUACUAUGGAAGCGAUGCAAACGUUGAAGGAAGAACUUCAGGUAGCGGAGAACAAAAAGCAGGAGGCCGUAGCAGUAUAUAACGCUGUAUGUGAUAAAGUGAAUCGCACGUGUUCCGAAUUGAAAAACGUGAACACAACGAUCAAUAAGCUGAGAUCCGCGCAAAGUGAAUGUACUAAUACAAUUAAUGAACUGAAAGAUAAAAUCGAGGCGAAUGAAGCUACGUCUGCUGACGUAUUCCGAAACGAAGCCGCGGAAUUGGAAAAGAAAUUAGCGCAGGAAAGUGCUGUGGCGAAGCUUUUAGCUGAGAAUGUGCAAGAACUUCAAAAGAACGUUACGUCUCUCGACACGGAAGUUAAGCGUUGCAGGGACUUGAGGCACAAUUUACACAUAGUGAUUGAUCCUCUCAAAGAUCAAAUAAGAGAAUUGACUCGGGAGAAGGAAAGGCAUCGACAUGAGUGUCAGCGUGCUACUCGAAAGUUGCAAGAAAUUCGUCAAGCUAUACAAUGCACAGCGGGGGAAUUCGAAAUACAGGAGAGAGCUACAAAGCAAGCGGUUUCCAACGCCACUGAAAAGUGUCCCGAAAGGAUAAGCACUACCAGAUCAAUAAACCAAAUUAAAACUUCACUGAAUGAUUUACGAGAUAAGAUUCGCGAAAUAGAAAACCAGUACGGUUGCGUGGAUGAGUUACGGCUACAACUGAAGGAAAAACAGGAAAAGUUUGGAGUGAACAUUGAGUUUGCAGCUCAGUUGAGACAGAGUUGUGAGAAACACAUCGAACGAGUGAAACAUCGGCAGAAAAUGUUCCUGCAAUUGAGGGACUUGUAUAGCGUUUAUGUCCAAAAGUCUUUCACCGACGUGCUUUCAUUAAGACAAUACAAGGGAACUGUGGUGAUCGAUCACGUACAAAAAGUCCUCGAUUUACAUGUGAGUGCACGGGACGAUAAAAAGACGGGCAACGACACCAGAUCGCUCUCGGGAGGCGAACGAUCUUACUCUACCGUCGCGUUCAUCUUGGCUCUCUGGGACUGCAUUCAGCUACCCUUCUAUUUUCUCGAUGAAUUCGAUGUAUUCAUGGACAAAGUGAACCGGCGGGUGGUAAUGGAUAUUCUUUUGGAUCACACUAAAUUGCAUCCACAGAGUCAAUUUGCUUUCCUCACACCUCUAGACACGUCGCACAUUCUUGCUGAGGAUUACGUAACAAUUCACCAAUUACAGCCACCAGAGAGAAGAGGCUUGAGCCAGUGAAUAUAUAUUUCCGUUCGAAUAUAUGUAUUUUUUUUAGUUAUUCAUUAUUUUCAGAUUUAUCUGAGAUAGGAAAAUAAUUUUAAAGCAUAACAACGAUGUAUGAAACUUGUUUUGUGUCGAUAAGUGAAAAUAAUUUAUUUAUUUUGUAUUGUUGAAAGAGGUAACUUCUAGAUGUUUACGUGUAAGGCGAACUCCUAGAUGUUUACGUGUAAGGCGAACUCCUAGAUGUUAUGUGUAAGGCGUAAAAGCAGCGUUCAAAUUUAUUUUAUGUAUCUUUCAUAAAAGUGACAAGUGAUUCAAAAUGUUUUUUACUUACGAUAUAUGUAUACAGGUACCCUGGUGAUUCAAAAACUGUUCGCAGCUUCGAGUUACGAUACUCGGAAUAAGUUUUUGUAACUGAAACGAUAAAAGAAAGUGCCUUCGAUUGUACCGUGUAACGAAUACAGAUUUUCUCUUUUUCAUAAUAAAACUUUGUUAAAUCAUCGCA